AUGGUGCGCAUCCGCAGUGUGUAUGCUUUGUGCACGGCGGCUGUCUUGGCAGCUCCUGCCGUAGCACAGGAAGCCGAAGAUGUAUUCCUGCAGAAAGACUCCAGUACGACUGUGCCAGUCGCCGGGGAAGACCCAACGGUCAAUUCUCGUUUCUACACAGUGUUCUCAAGCUGGAUUGACAUGAUGAGUGAUGCAAUUUACAAGAAGUACCUGUACAACUAUGAACUCAAGAAACAACAAGCUCAGACAUCGCUAUCAACUGACUCCUCCAGCGAGGAAAGCUCUCCGCGCCCCCCCACAUCUGCGCCAGCUCUCCCUGUUUUUCCAGUUUACCCCAUCUACCCUAUCGUGCCUCAGCCAACGCCUCCAAAUCGCCCCCUUCCGCCUCGACCUCCCCGGCCAUCACACUCUCACUCGCACUCCUACUCUCUGAGCUAUUCUCAUGAAGGCAGCCUCCCUCCUCGUCCGCAUCCCCGGCCGCCCCGCCCACCUCGUCCUUCGUACUCGUACUCCGCCAGCUUCUCCAACGAGGGCAGCCUGCCGCACCGUCCUCACCCCCCCGUCAAACCCCACCCGCCAAUGACUCCGUAUCCAAUUAUUCCAUAUCCGCCAAUGCCCUACCCGCCAAUGAAGCCGUACCCCCCAGUGGGAGUCUAUCCUCCCUUCUACCCUCCCUUCAGGCCACCGCGCCCCAGCUGGAGCUACAGCCGCUCCUGGAGCGUCAGUCGGGACUAG